GCGACUGCCUCACGCCGGCGGCCGGUCUGUCGUUAUUAAGAAUUCGACAGCGUCGGACCUUUUGGCGUGACUUAUAAAACAGCACGUGGCCGGCAAACUAGCCCAAAAUAUAUUUCAGUAUGGAUGAAAAUCAGGAUCUGUGUUGUGAUGUUGGACCACCGUGCUGCCUAGUGUUGAGUGAUGGAGCCGUUUUCCGAGGACGAAGUUUUGGUGCAUCAGUCCCCGUUGAUGGAGAAGUGGUUUUCCAGACUGGUAUGGUUGGAUACCCUGAAUCCCUCACUGAUCCAUCUUACCACACUCAACUCCUGGUGCUGACUUAUCCAUUGAUUGGUAAUUACGGAGUGCCAGACGAACAGGAAAAAGAUGAACAUGGAUUACCCAGGUGGUUCGAGUCCUCGCGAAUUUGGGCAGCUGGUCUGGUUGUUGGAGAAGUAAGCACACACGCUUGCCACUGGCGCGCUAAACAGUCACUGGGCAAAUGGUUGAAGACCUACAACAUCCCGGGAAUAUGCGACGUGGACACAAGAGCUCUUACAUUCCGAUUACGAGAGGGGGUGACAUUGGGGAGGAUUGUCCAAGGCAUUCCACCCUUUGGACCAUUGCCAGCCCUUGCCGAUCCUAAUACUAGAAAUUUAGUCGCAGAAGUCUCUGUUAAGGAACCCGUUGUAUUCAAUCCAAAUGGGACCAUUACUGUUGUGGCAAUUGACUGUGGACUGAAAUACAAUCAACUCCGAUGUUUAAUUAAGAGAGAUGCAAAAGUUGUAGUUGUUCCGUGGAACAGCAAAAUCAACACAAAAGAAUACGAUGGACUAUUUAUAAGUAAUGGACCCGGUGAUCCACAAAUUUGCAAAGCUACAGUCGAUAAUUUACAAAAUUUAAUAAAAGAUAAUAAAAAUGUAAAACCCAUUUUUGGUAUUUGUCUGGGCCAUCAAUUACUAGCUACCGCAGCUGGUUGUACUACUUAUAAAACUAGAUACGGAAACCGUGGGCAUAAUUUACCUUGUACGCAUAAUGGGACAGAAAGAUGUUUUAUGACAUCGCAAAAUCAUGGAUUUGCUGUUGAUACUAAUUCUAUGCCAGACAAUUGGGAAAUAUUAUUUACAAAUGAAAAUGAUAAAACGAAUGAAGGAAUAUAUCAUAAAACGUUACCUUAUUUUAGUGUGCAAUUCCAUCCUGAGCAUACAGCAGGUCCAACUGAUUUGGAAUGUCUAUUCGAUGUUUUUAUUGAAGCAAUAAAAUUAACUAAAAACAAAAAACAGUUUUCCAUAAACGACAUGAUAAGCAAUAAAAUCAGAUUUACCCCCGCAAUACCAGAUAGGCCAAAAAAAGUUUUAAUCCUUGGAUCAGGAGGAUUGUCCAUUGGCCAAGCAGGAGAAUUCGAUUAUUCCGGAUCUCAAGGUGUUAAAGCAAUGCAAGAAGAAAAAAUACAAACCGUUCUCAUUAAUCCAAAUAUUGCUACUGUCCAAACCUCAAAAGGCUUGGCUGAUAAAGUAUACUUUUUACCUAUCACACCGGAAUAUGUGGAGCAAGUCAUAAAAGCUGAAAGGCCUACUGGUGUUCUACUUACUUUUGGCGGUCAGACAGCUCUAAAUUGUGGUGUAGAACUAGAGAAAAAUAAAGUAUUUGAUAGAUAUAACGUAAGUGUUCUAGGUACGCCGAUACAAUCAAUAGUCGACACAGAAGAUAGAAAAAUAUUCGCUGAAAAAAUUAAUGCUAUUGGUGAAAAAGUUGCACCUAGCGCAGCAGUUUCUACUGUAGAUGAAGCCCUAGCAGCUGCCUUGCUUAUUGGAUAUCCAGUAAUGGCUCGAUCUGCUUUCUCUCUUGGAGGGUUGGGCUCGGGUUUUGCAAAUAAUGAGGAAGAACUCAAAGUUCUUGCACAUCAGGCACUAUCUCAUUCUGAGCAGCUCAUAAUUGAUAAGUCCUUAAAAGGUUGGAAAGAAGUGGAAUAUGAGGUAGUUAGAGAUGCUUACGAUAAUUGCAUAACAGUUUGUAACAUGGAAAAUGUUGAUCCGUUAGGCAUACACACCGGUGAGUCCAUCGUAGUCGCACCUAGUCAAACAUUGUCGAAUCGUGAAUACUAUAUGCUACGUAGUACUGCUCUUAAGGUGAUAAGGCAUUUCGGAAUAGUAGGAGAGUGCAAUAUUCAGUACGCACUAAAUCCCUGCUCUGAAGAAUUUUUUAUAAUAGAAGUAAAUGCAAGAUUGUCAAGAAGUUCAGCCUUAGCCAGCAAAGCAACAGGCUAUCCAUUAGCAUAUGUUGCAGCUAAAUUAGCUCUCGGUAUACCCUUACCAAAAAUAAAAAAUUCAGUGACUGGUGUAACAACUGCUUGUUUUGAACCAAGUUUGGAUUACUGCGUGGUUAAAAUACCUCGUUGGGACUUAGCUAAGUUUAAUCGCGUUAGUACAAAGAUUGGAAGCUCAAUGAAAAGUGUAGGAGAAGUUAUGGCUAUUGGCAGGUGUUUUGAAGAAGCUUUUCAAAAAGCAUUACGAAUGGUUGACGAAAAUGUAAAUGGAUUUGAUCCAUACGUCAAAAAAGUAAAUGAGAAUGAGCUUCGGGAGCCAACUGAUAAACGAAUGUUUGUACUAGCUGCUGCCUUAAAGGCAGGUUACUCGGUUCAAAAGCUUUAUGAACUCACCAAAAUUGAUCUCUGGUUCUUAAAUAAGAUGCAAAAUAUCAUUCAAUACUAUACACUACUGGAAUCCAUAAGUGGACCCAUUACUUCAAAAUGUUUGAAAUCGGCUAAAAAAAUGGGAUUUUCAGAUAAACAGGUUGCAGCAGCUAUAAAAAGUACAGAAUUAGCUGUUAGAAAGCUUAGAGAAGAAUACGGCUUAACUCCGUUCGUGAAACAAAUUGAUACCGUUGCUGCUGAAUGGCCGGCAUCAACUAAUUACCUGUAUUUAACCUACAAUGCAUGCACACAUGAUUUAGAUUUCCCAGGAGAAUUUACUAUGGUCCUUGGGUCUGGGGUCUAUAGAAUAGGAAGCUCAGUUGAAUUUGACUGGUGUGCUGUUGGUUGCUUGAGAGAAUUAAAGAAUCAAGGGAAAAAGACAAUAAUGAUUAAUUACAAUCCUGAAACAGUGAGUACUGAUUAUGAUAUGAGUCAUCGAUUAUAUUUUGAGGAAAUUUCCUUCGAGGUUGUUAUGGAUAUUUAUAACCACGAACACCCUGAUGGUGUAAUUCUGUGUAUGGGUGGACAGCUACCAAAUAAUAUUGCAAUGGAUUUACAUAGGCAGCAAGCAGUUAUUUUGGGUACAUCACCAGACAUGAUUGAUAAUGCCGAAAACAGGUUUAAAUUUUCGAGACUACUUGAUCGUAAAGGUAUUUUACAACCUCGCUGGAAAGAACUUACUGAUCUUGAAUCAGCCAUUAGUUUUUGUGAAGAAGUGGGAUAUCCUUGUUUAGUAAGGCCGUCAUAUGUAUUGAGUGGCGCGGCAAUGAAUGUAGCAUAUUCCCAUCAAGAGUUGGAAACCUACUUAAAAUCUGCAAGUCUUGUGAGCAAAGAACAUCCUGUUGUGAUAUCGAAAUAUAUACUAGACGCUAAGGAGAUUGAUGUAGAUGUUGUAGCCGUGGAUGGUGUUAUUCUAUGUAUGGCCGUGUCGGAACAUGUCGAAAAUGCUGGCGUUCAUUCUGGAGAUGCUACAUUAGUAACACCGCCUCAAGAUAUAAAUAAUGAAACACUUGGAAGAAUAAAGGAGAUUGCUCGAAUCAUUGCUGAAACUCUAGAUGUCAGCGGACCGUUUAAUAUGCAACUGAUUGCUAAAGACAAUGAGUUAAAAGUUAUAGAAUGUAAUGUGCGCGUAUCAAGAUCUUUUCCGUUUGUAUCAAAAACACUUGAUCAUGACUUUGUUGCGAUGGCUACUAAAGUCAUACUCGGUAUACCGGUUGAACCAGUGAAUGUUAUGAAUGGAUGUGGGAAGGUUGGUGUAAAGGUACCACAGUUCUCAUUUUCACGAUUAUCGGGAGCGGAUGUUACAUUGGGUGUCGAGAUGGCUUCAACUGGAGAAGUAGCUUGUUUUGGCGACAAUAGAUAUGAAGCAUACCUAAAAUCUUUAAUGAGCACCGGAUUCAAGAUACCCAAAAAAGCAAUACUGCUUUCAAUUGGAACAUUCAAGCAUAAAAUGGAGCUGUUACCAAGUGUUAGGAUUUUACAUAAAAUGGGAUUUAAAUUGUAUGCAAGCAUGGGUACAGGAGAUUUUUAUACUGAACAUGGUGUUGAAGUGGAAAGUGUGCAGUGGACUUUUGAUCACAUUGGCGAUUUGGACGAUGCGAGACUUGAUGGGGAGUUAAUGCAUUUAGCUGACUUCAUGGCGAGACGACAGUUGGAUUUAGUAAUUAAUUUGCCAAUGAGAGGAGGUGCUCGACGAGUGUCUUCGUUCACAACUCAUGGAUAUCGCACGCGGCGGUUAGCUGUUGAUUAUGCCGUUCCAUUAGUUACUGAUGUCAAAUGUGCCAAGCUUUUAGUACAGGCCAUGCUGCGAUGUGACGGCAUACCGUCGAUGAAAACUCACACAGACUGCAUGACAUCACGAAAUAUUAUUAAAUUGCCCGGUUUUAUUGAUGUGCACGUUCAUGUGCGCGAGCCAGGUGCCACCUAUAAGGAAGAUUUUGCUUCAUGUACCGCAUCAGCACUCGCUGGUGGAAUUACUUUGAUAUGUGCAAUGCCUAACACAAACCCUCCUGUGAUUGACCGAACUUCGUUUGAAUACGUAUCAGCCUUAGCUCGAGUCAGCGCCCGGUGUGAUUACGCUCUGUAUGUUGGAGCAUCUACAACAAAUUGUGAUAGUGCAUCUGAGCUAGCACCACAAGCCGCUGCAUUGAAAAUGUACCUUAAUGAAACAUUUACCACACUUAAACUCGAUGAUAUGACGAUCUGGCAAAAACAUUUGCAAAAUUGGCCCAAAAAAGUUCCUAUAUGUGCGCAUGCUGAACGUGAAAAAACGGGCGCAAUCAUUCUAAUGGCAUCGCUACUUGACAGACCCAUACAUAUUUGUCAUGUUGCUAGAAAAGAAGAAAUAUUAAUAAUUAAAGCAGCAAAGGAACGUGGGCUUAAAGUAACUUGUGAAGUGUGUCCACACCAUUUAUUCCUUAGUACCAAUGAAAUAAACCAUAUCGGUGCAGGUCGAGCGGAAGUGCGUCCUGUUUUAUGCAGUCCCGAAGAUCAGGCAGAGCUUUGGAAAAAUAUGGAUAUUAUUGAUGUAUUUGCCACGGAUCAUGCGCCCCAUUCUGUGGAAGAAAAAAACAGCGAAAAGCCACCUCCAGGAUUCCCGGGCCUAGAAACAAUAUUACCUUUACUUUUGAAUUCUGUACAUCAAGGCCGACUCACAAUUGAAGAUCUGAUAAAUAAAUUUCAUAGAAACCCACGCAAAAUAUUUAAUUUGCCUGAGCAACCGAAUACAUAUGUUGAAGUAGACAUGGAUUACGAAUGGACUAUUCCCAAUGCAAUGGAAUUCACAAAAUCAAAGUGGACUCCAUUUGCUGGUAUGCACGUUAAAGGUGCUAUUCAUCGAGUAACGUUACGUGGUGAAAUUGCAUAUGUAGAGGGACAAAUUUUAGUCCCGCCAGGAUUCGGUCAAAAUGUUCGAGAGUGGCCAGCACCCAAAAAGCAAACAUUCCCGGUUUAUCAAAUUGAAAAAGUCGAUAAAGAAAUAAGUCGUCCUAAUUCUGCGUUAGAUUUUCACAGUUCUCUAGAAGUAAGUAGAUAUAGCGAUUAUGAGCUUGAUCAAACAGAUCAAAUCAAGCCAGAUAGUAAAUUAAAUGUUCACUUUAAUGAGCAGCCUGGAUUCAGAAGUAUGUCGCCAUUACCUCAGCAGACUACAACAAGGCAAAGAUGCGAUAGUUCUUCUUUCUAUAAUCCACCACAAUCUGGACCAUCGCAUCGUCAACGAAGUGAAUUAUUUGGAAAAAGUAUCAUAACUGUCGAUUCGUUUAGCAAAGAGACUCUUAAUGAUAUUUUCAAUUUAGCUCAAUUUAUGAAAACCAGUGUCAGCAAAGGACGCUUCUUGGAUGACAUAUUACGAGGGAAAGUGAUGGCAUCAAUCUUCUAUGAAGUUAGUACACGUACGAGCUGUAGUUUUGCAGCAGCUAUGCAGCGCCUUGGAGGCUCAGUAAUUCAUAGCGAUUCUACAAGCUCUUCGGCUAAGAAAGGUGAAACUUUAGAGGACAGUGUUGCAGUGAUGGCUAGAUAUUCAGAUAUUGUUGUUUUACGUCAUCCCGAACCAGGCGCUGUAGCUCAAUCAUCCAGACAGUGUCGUAAGCCUAUUAUAAAUGCUGGUGAUGGUAUCGGUGAGCACCCAACUCAAGCUCUGUUGGAUAUCUUUACUAUAAGAGAGGAAAUUGGAACUGUCAACGGACUAACAAUAACAAUGGUAGGCGACCUGAAAAAUGGCCGUACUGUACAUUCGCUUGCUCGUUUGCUUACACUAUAUCAAGUCCAACUGCAGUAUGUGAGUCCACCAGGUUUGGGUAUGCCAAAACAUAUUAUGGAUUACGUGGCUAAUAAAGGUGUACCCCAAAGAGUUUUCGAUAAACUCGAGGAUGUUCUUGGAGAGACACAUGUUCUAUACAUGACUAGAAUUCAGAGAGAACGAUUUGAAAGGCCGGAAGAUUAUGAAAAGAUCAAGGGACUUUUGGUGGUAACUCCCCAAUUAAUGACCCGUGCACGGCGCCGUAUGGUAGUCAUGCAUCCUCUGCCGCGAGUUGAUGAAAUAUCUCCGGAAUUUGAUUCUGACCCUAGAGCCGCCUACUUUAGACAAGCUGAAUAUGGCAUGUAUGUACGAAUGGCUUUGUUGGCCAUGGUCGCUGGUAGCAAUCCACUCAUUUAAUUGUAAGCAAUAAAUUAUAUGAUUAUAAUUGCCU